AUGAAGAAUCCUAAUUCGUCGUCUUCUAAGGCCGCAUUGUACAGCCACAUCAAGUACGAGCACCUGGUAGCUGGUAUAUCAGGUGGCGUCACUUCUACGCUUAUUUUGCACCCUUUGGAUUUAAUUAAAAUUAGAUUUGCAGUAAAUGACGGCAGAACCACAACAGUUCCUAGGUAUGAUGGACUUGGCAGUGCAUUUGUUACAAUUGUGAAGAAAGAGGGUGUCAAGGGUCUUUACAGAGGUGUCACACCUAAUGUGUGGGGAUCAGGCUCUGCUUGGGGCUUCUACUUUUUAUUUUAUAACGCAAUAAAAACAUGGAUCCAAGGCGGAAACGCACGCACACCACUCGGCCCAGGUCUUCACAUGUUGGCAGCGGCCGAAGCCGGAGUCCUGUCUCUCGUGAUGACGAAUCCCAUCUGGGUGGUGAAGACUCGUCUCUGCCUGCAGUACAGCGAGGAACAUCUAGCUGAUCACAAGAGAUACAAUGGCAUGAUCGAUGGUCUAGUCAAAAUAUAUAGGACAGAAGGCGUCCGGGGUCUGUACAGGGGUUUCGUACCAGGCAUGUUCGGCGUGUCCCACGGCGCGCUUCAGUUCAUGACGUACGAAGAAAUGAAGAACCGAUACAACCAAUACAGAAAUCUGCCGAUUGACAUCAAAUUAACGUCAGUUGAGUAUUUAACGUUCGCCGCCAUAUCAAAACUAAUCGCCGCUGGCGCCACCUACCCUUACCAAGUAGUGAGGGCUCGACUCCAGGACCAGCACCGCAGCUACAAUGGCGCCUGGCACUGCAUCACCGAGACUUGGAGGCACGAAGGCUGGCGGGGCUUCUACAAGGGUCUCAAACCCAACCUAAUUCGAGUGGUUCCAGCUACAAUGGUUACAUUCUUGACCUACGAGAACGUAUCACACUAUAUGUUGAAUAGGUCUCGUGAAUUGAAGAUAUCUUAA